CUAUGAUAACCGGAAGCAUCAAUAGAAGCGAUUGAGAAACGGCGAAAGAAAUCAUCACCUGUCGAUUGCGUUCUUAUAUCUCUCCUGCGCUCCCAUUAAUCUCCAUAGCCCACUUCCAUAACACCCAUACCCUUUAGUUAAUUCGCUGUCGAGUCGGUCUGGACGGAUAAAGCAGAGCUGGCAGUGUAAUUCUUUGCGCAAACGGGGGGUUUUGAAGGUGCGUUAUAGGCUCAGCAGAACAAAUGUAAACAAGCAGCUGAUCAGCUGUGCGGCCGAAGACGCGCAACGAAACGGCGUGAUGACAGCGAGCCGCAGGGUUUGACAAAAAUAUUCUGCAUCUUAUAAAGCGAAAUUAGAGAUCUAUUUGCAUGCUGUAGACUUUUUUUUAGAUGUUAGGGCAGUACACGAGGACAACUCCCAACCAAUCCAUCGCCUUCACCUCCAUUGCGGCCAGCAGCAAAUACAGAACAAACGGCUUAUUAUUAUUUUUUUUAAAUAUUGAUUAGAAGGGUGAUGAAUAGAUUUAUUCGGCUUAACAUCUCCUAUAAGAUUGGAAAACUUCACGCCUAACAGAAAAAGCAACAGGAUUCGAGAAAUAACAAAGGAAAAAUAAGGUUAACCGUCUCUUCAGGGCCCCAAGGAAUAAAUAAAUAUCAGAAACGUGUUGAUAUUUACAUGAAGCUGGAUCUUUAAGGCACCCGAACAUCACAUUUCCUGGGGAGCAGCUCAGUAAGGCUAAAGGAUCAGGACUGUCAUGGCACACCAGCAGAUGCCGAGCUCUCAGAAGGCUCUGAUGCUGGAGCUGAAAUCCCUGCAGGAGGAGCCAGUGGAAGGUUUCCGCAUCACUCUGGUGGAGGAGUCGGACCUCUACAACUGGGAGGUGGCCAUCUUUGGCCCUCCUAACACACUUUAUGAAGGGGGCUACUUUAAGGCCCAUAUAAAAUUUCCUAUUGACUACCCCUACUCUCCACCGACCUUCCGAUUCCUCACAAAGAUGUGGCAUCCAAACAUCUAUGAGAAUGGCGACGUGUGUAUUUCCAUCCUCCAUCCUCCUGUGGAUGACCCUCAGAGCGGAGAGCUGCCCUCAGAGCGAUGGAACCCCACCCAGAAUGUCAGAACAAUCCUGCUGAGCGUGAUCUCACUGCUGAAUGAACCCAACACCUUUUCUCCUGCAAACGUGGAUGCAUCGGUCAUGUUUCGUAAGUGGAGGGACAGCAAAGGCAAGGACAAGGAAUACGCAGAGAUUAUAAGGAAGCAGGUGAUGUCCACUAAGGCAGAUGCAGAGCGAGAUGGAGUUAAAGUACCAACGACACUAGCUGAGUACUGCAUCCAGACCAAAGUGCCUUCCCACGAUAGUAGCUCUGACCUGCUCUAUGACGAUCUAUAUGACGACGACAUAGAGGAGGAGGAGGAUGACGAAGACGAGGCGGAGGCCAGUGGGAUUGGCUGCGGAAUGGCAGGGGACUGUUUUGGCGAUGAAGACGACUCUGGCAACGAGGAAUCUUGACCUCCUUCCACCGUUUCCGUGACACUGACCUUUGCCCUCUCACUAUUCUUUACCCUGACAGCCUCAUAUUUCAUAUUCUCUUUUCCUGUGCUUAAAGCUUUCAUUUUUCACUCUGUUCCAAAAAACUCAUUACUUUAGAACUCUGUCCUUUUCAGCACCUCCCCGUUCAUAAGUAAAGUUCACUAUGGGUUCACAAAACCAGUCAUUGUUAGUAAUGUUUCACAUCCCACCUUCUCCUGCCUCUUAACCUCAGGGCUUUUGGAUAAUCAGAGCUUGUCAGGCCACCUUAAACAUGCAUUUCAAAAUGUGUUGUUAAUUGCAACCCUUUUUUUAAGGCUAGUUCCCUCAGAAAAUACAAAUCUGUUGUGUUUACUCACCCUUAUGUUGCUAAAGAAGCUGUUUUGAGAUUUUUUAGCUGAUUUUUCCAAAAGAUAAAAACCAAACAAUGCCAGUGUCCAAAUUCACCUACUUCCCCUACCAUUUAGUUGACAAAAGCAGUACAGAAUAGAAAAAAAAAAAGAAAAAAGUCAGAAUUGCGAGAUGUGAACAGAAAUCUCAUUUUCAAGAUUAAAAACUCACAGAUCAGAGAGAAAAGUCAGGAUUGGGAGAUAUAAACUUGUAAUUCUGAGCACAAAAGUCUAAGUUAUAAGAUUUUAAUUGGUAUUUGGCCCUUUGCAAAGAGCUUGAUUGACAGGCGAUCUGACAGUUCAUAACGCUGAAUCUGCCAGCAUGUCCGACAAACAAAUCAGACAAGAGAGUAGAUAAACUAAGACACAGUAAAGAGCCACAAAAUAGUAUUGAUUGAAUUUCUUAAUGAAAGACCAAUUUUGAAAGCCAAGACCUUUUUCAUACCAGAAAUAACCUGCUCAGUCUUGUCUGUCGGCGUGUUGUCAGUUUCCUCUUUUCUCUGCGAUGCAUUUUUCACUGCGUGAGAACAUGAUGUGUAGUGUCAGAGCGGCAUGGCUUGUCAGACAUUGCAACAUUAACUAAGGAGGGUGGGUCUUCGCGAAGGCUAAAUUGCAAGAAUAAAAAAAAAAAUUGUGAGAUAAGAAGUUGCAGUUGCCUUUUUUUAUUAUUUAUUAUAUGUGGAAACAAAAGAAUGACUGUGAGAUGUAAACUUAGAUUUCAGAAAAAAAAUAAAUAAAUUGCGAAAACCAGUCCAAAUUGCAAUAGACAAUGGCUUUGGAAGAGGAUGAAGGCCAAAAUCUAAGUUCUUCCUUCCUUAAGGAUCACUAAAGCUCUCAUGUAUGCUCCAAGCCAUUGAUUCUUGUGUUUCAUAACCGAAUGCAUUAUGCCAGUUUGAAUCAAGACAGCCACGCAGAUUUUCAAUGAUAUGAGGGUGAGUAAAUAAAUAAAACUUCAAUUUAUGAUCCAACUAGUCCUUCAACCCACCCAUGAGCUAGUUAAAAUCACCAUCAAAGGAAUGUUUUGUUCAUUUCCAAGCUUCUUUACAGUAUAGGGCUUCACCGUUUCCACUAUAUGUACUUAAUAUCCCACUUAGAAGUAUUUAAGGGUGGGAAAACAGAGAAAAAAUGGACUGUUUCCUUCUCAUAAAAUGUAAUUUCGUCAUUUUGACCAGCCAUCCACAUCAGCAGGGUCACCUUCACAACUACAUCCUCUUAUGCGCAGCUCAUAUCCCCAAAUCACCUGAGCUUUUUGAGCCAUUAAAUCACAGUGUCAGAUUAUAUGGCACAUGAAGGUGCUUUCAAGUGCUCAGCAACACUAGCAUUAAAACUACUUCCAGCACACCUUCAUUUCGCUGACCCAGAAACUAUGAUGAGACUGUUUAUGUCACUAUGAUGAUGUCCCACUAAUAUUCCAUCCACCAAUUUUGGCUGAAGGUAAUUAUACUGUUAUGCUUUUAAAUGUACACAUACUCUUGGUAAGUGAUCACGAAUGAGUGUCCAAGCAGCUGUACCAAACCAUUUCCGUUUCUCACCGAUUUUGACUGAAAAUCUUGGGAGUUUUUUUUUUCUUCUUUUUUUUUUUAAGUACAGGGUUUUUGAGAUCAUUGACUGCUGAGAACAUUUCACUCAUCAGUGUGAGCCCUCUCAUCCCCGGUCUUAAGCUUUUUUGCAUUGGCAACGGUGCUGUCUUGGGCCGUAGCUUUCAAGAGCAUGCUUGUGUGUUUUAAUGUGUUUUAUAUGAUGUGUCAAUCAUCCGAUGAGGGACGCGAAUCCCUAAGGUCUCAUUAAGGGGGGUGGAAGCGUAGACGUUUAUGCACAUGGGGUCUCAGGUACACCUUUAUUCCCACAAACCAGCCAAGGACACGGAUGCUGAUUCCUGGUUCUACAAAACCCCUCCAGAAGGGAGUGUGGAUGUAAGGAUCAUGAGGAAACAGUGCUCUCGUACUCUCCCGAGCAUCAUGAACUCACUGAACUAUCUAGAACAAUCGUUCCCGGCUCAAUCGCUCACUUAAACUUUUGGACUACGGGCCGAAAGGGCUCAACAGGGACGAUUCGAUUACAUGUUCAGCAAGAGACUCUCGGUGUAAUGCACCCCUGUGCACAGUAAAACAACCAAGUUCAUUUCAAAAAGUGUUGUGACGUUAAUCGACAGUGGAUUUGUCUUGAAGGAUUUUAUUAUUUGUGUCAUGAGUGUGUUUUUAAUGUUUCACUAAUGAUUUUUUGCUUUUCAUAUGCCAUUUUUUGGCAGGAUUUGUGGUCCUAAGUCAGAUCAAAACAACCGAAGUCAUUAUUUGCUCUAAGUUCGAUGCAUUUUCUUUAUCUUGUAAUGUUGUUAAAGGGAAUACCAUUCUAAAUAUUCACAUAAGGAAGAAUGGAGAACAGUAAAGAAUGAUUCUAAAUCGAUACCUGUUUCUAUUCUAAACAUAAGAAUUUGAGUUUGGGGGGAUGGGGGGUCCAGUAUGAUCAUUUUAAGACUGUGCUUGUAUGAUCACGAUACAAUUCAUUUUUGUUUGUGUGUAUGUAGAGGAGUUAAUGCAAUUAAACCAUUAGACAAGA